GACUUAUGAUCCAUCGUUAUUGCUCCAGCCUUGUCGUGUUUUGUCUCUCCCAAGGCAGUCGCGCAACGCUACUCAGUGACCGACAAUGACGUGCCCAUGAUAUGUACGCCGCGGAAGUAGUUCACGCAGCCAAACAGGCUGUAGAUUGUGUGAAAGAGCUAUUACUAUUGCCCUGGGCCAUUGAACUUCGUCACCCUUCUAUAUUGCUACUAAAAUCAAUUGAUUUAGCUCCCGUGGAAACUCUGAUCACAGGUGGCAUCACCCACGGCUGAGACAACAUGCAAGCACGACAGGAGCCCGUUCUCAUCGACGAAUUCGAAGUGGGACUCGAUCGAGCAAAGAUCACAGAGUCUGCGCAGAUUCAAAUUCCAGAAUCACACAAUACAGAACAAAGCGCAAAUAUUGACGCAGAGCCCGACAGUCCACGCUCUUCCACUCACAAUGUCAAGGAGUCCAUCAAGCUGAAGAAGCACAAAGCCGGUGUUAAGAUCAGGAAAACGCUUCAUAUUGGAAGGGCUUCUGAUGAUUUCGAUCUAACUACAACAGCAAUCGCUGGGGGGAACGAGGAGCCCUCGGGUUCACGGUAUGCGACCGAUCCCCCAGAGCCUGACAAGGCAACGUUCAAAGACUUCGUCAACAACCCUGUCGACACCGUCAAGGCCAAAGUGUCAGAGCAUAGUAACCAGCAGGUUGCAGGACAAAUCUCAGCAAAGGAGGUUCCUCAUGGCAAUGAGGUUGACCUUCUACAUGCUUCAGAGGCAGUCGAGGAUGCAAAGACCGAUGCACAGCGGCUGCUCGCGAUUCAAGACCUCUCCAAAUUGAUGAAGGGGCGUCAAGCUACCUAUGCACGGUGGACACUUGACCGUCAUGUUACAAAGGUCAGGCUUCUGCCGCGCGAACAGAUCCAUCUGAAGCCAAGGUCUGCCUUUGAGAAGUACAACCCCCAGGAAGGCCUGGUCAUCGAUUGGAAGGCAUAUGGGCAGCAUCUGCUCAUGUACUACGCGCAACAAUACGGGGGGCAGUAUGUCGGAUAUGGCUCCGAUCCACCAGCACCGUCAAAGCAGACUUUUGUGCCAAACAUCGAGCGUUUUUUGAUCGCUUCCUCACCACUCCAGGAGCUCAUCAUGACAUCACGUAGAGUCUACCGCUGGGAACACCCUCCGACGACGACCAAAUACCUAGCGAUAUACUCCGUGCUAUGGUAUUUCAACUCGCUUCUCCCAGGCUGUCUUGCCGCGUUCAUCUACCUGGUCAUCGAGCGCCGAGCCCAUGGUAACACCAUGCAAGACUUGCGUGAAGACAUUGAACACCGAGAGAACCAACGCGUAACCGCUUUGUCGCUAACAGAGCUGAUCGUGAAAGAAGGCGACGAGAACUGGUCUGACGAUCUUCUUGAACGCCUUGGCCCGUGGGUCAUGGUCCAGCUCGCAGAUUUAGCCAACUUCUUCGAGAGCAUGCGCAAUUUCUACGAAUGGCGCGUGCCUCAUCGAACAGCACGUAGUCUGAUCGUUCUCGGCCUCGUUACGCUGUUCACCGCUCUAAUACCGAUGUGGCUGCUCAUCAAGACUAUGACCUUCACCAUGGGUGUUACGUACUUCGCGCUCUACCCGGUCGCUGUAAACUUCCCGGAGUACAGGCUUCUCGUAUCUCCCACCAAGCGUCUGCUAUGGAACAUCCCAACACACGCGGAGUGGGCAAUCAAAUACAUACAGGCCGAAGGAACCCGUCUCGCACAAACAUCCAAACCUAUAGCGCCGACACUCGCAACGUUGUCUCCUACAUUCGAUUCUGCCUACGACUACAACAGCUACACUGCGCAUCAAGACAAGACUACUGGCCGUCUCAUCGUUGGUGCUGGAGGAGUUCGAUUCGUUUCGAAUAUGGGACACAAUGUUUUGUGGUCCAUCAAAUAUGAGGAGCUAGAGAAGUUUGAGAAACAAGAUCGCGUUGUCCAGAAGAACAUUCCAAGCAAACUACAGCGGGACUCUGGCCAAGAUUUGAAAUUCGGCAGCAGAGAUGGCAGGGAAUUUUUACUCAAGCAGGUUGACAAGCGCGAUGAGGCAUUUUCUCAAGUCAUUGGGUUCUCAAACAUCCCGUGGCAGGUCGUUUGGUAAGCCUGAGUAUUAUCUUCCGCUGCGGCACGACGGAAUAAGACUGUUCCUUAAAGAUCCCCACUUCACUCUUAGCGUACCCCACUCCUUGCAUCCUUCUACUACACUAUCUCCGAUAUCGUUGGCCAGCCGCAAUGGUCCCUGUCAAGCACCGAUAAGACUUGCGCCGGAUGCUUGGUCAUGCCAGGCUGGCACAUAUUUAAGUGCAACGGGCCUUCCUGUAUGCCGAUCUGCCAGCGCGACAUAGUGCUUCGUCAAGCUCUAGCGAAAGAUGAAGAUCGCCAUGCCUGGACACGAAGCAGUCCAGGAGACUGACCAACAUGGAGACGACAUGGAGAAGCGCGUGCUGCGCAAGAUCGACUGGCGACUCAUCCCGCUUAUGUUCAUCACAUACAACCUGAACUUCAUGGACAAAACAAUCUUGUCUUCAGCC